GGAAAUUGAUUGACCGUUUCCAGCGAAACACCGUGGUACUGCACUGUUAUGUUUGGCACGUGCCAUCUCGAGGUGCGAUAUAAAUGAAGCCGCUCACCGGCCGGGAUAGUAACGCGGUCGCAACGACAGCAAUGUACUUCAAGUUAUUGGUCCUAGCAUUUUGCGUCAUCGCUGGUCAUGCAAAAGAUGCCAUACCUGCAGCAGAAUUGGAAACAAGUAGCAAGGAUGUAUGGGAGACGUAUCGGAAGUCUAACGUAUACUUCUUACUGAGACGCACAUAUCAAGUUCCAGGAUCAGGUAGUUGCCGGUACGCGAGUGUACUUGAGAGAAACGAAGGCAAUCACAGCCUCUUACAGCUCAUGGGGAGUUAUAAUAAAACGGAGGGAAAAUACACCAAAGCCGAAGUAUAUGUCACUACGAGAUUAGGAAAAAAUAAUGAGAGGAAUCACAUGGGAGUUUCAUUCUUCGGAUACCACGUCAAGCCAAGCAUUAUAUACAGGCUCUUAUUUAAUGAUGGAAACGGCUGCAGUCUCCUGGAAGUAACAAAGGAUAAUCGAGACGUCGAUAAAAAGCUGGAUGGAGAAUGUGAAUUGUGGGCCACGAAGGAAGCGGCGCCCACCAUCAACAAACACUCGUCCUGUGUAAAGGUGUACAAGAAUAAGUGCAGUAAUAAAAAGGCAACCACGAAGAAAUCUCGCAAGGCCCGUAAUGGGUAUAAGCCGUACACAAAGGGCUGCAAAGAUCCAGUAAUCCUUUUAUUCUCUUGCUGACGCGCCCUGUCACUGAGAGGUUCGCAGAAGGACUACAUCCAUCCAGCCACCGUCAUCUGUACGAAAAAAUAAAUCUUUGCCACAAAGCA